CAUCAAAAUGGAUUGCACGAUGACGAAACUUCACACUCCCUGCACUGCACCAAUCAUCUUUCUCUCUCUUGCCCUUUUCCAAAUGUCAACUCUUCUUUACCCUGAAAAUUGAACGGCAAAAUCAUCCAGUUUCUUUGUUCUCUCACCCCAAACACUUCCUCCGCCCGACCACCCUUUCCCGUUAAAUUACCUGAGCCGGAAAACCGACGGCAAUUUUCCGGCGAAAUUCAGAAUCCACGAUCAUUGAAAAAUGGCAUCCCUAGAAAACACUAAUUGGCUGAUUGAUUGUGGCUUGAUGGACGAUAUCCCUGUUCCUGAUGCGAAUUUCUCUGUCCCAGCUACGGGCUUCAAUUGGUCUUUGCAAAAUCCAAACAGUUCAUCUAUUGUCGGUGUGGAAAUUGAUGGACCACUUGGAGAUUGUGACUCCCAGAAGGAGUCCGGUUGCAAGAAGAGGGGUAGGUCUGAAUCAUGUAGUGCUUCUAGCUCCAAAGCAUGUAGGGAGAAAUUGCGGAGGGAUAGGCUAAAUGACAAGUUUUUGGAAUUGGGUUCUAUAUUGGAGCCUGGAAGACCUCCUAAAACAGACAAGGCUGCUAUUUUGAUUGAUGCUGUACGAAGGGUGAGUCAGUUAAGAGGUGAAGCUCAGAAGCUGAAGGACUCAAAUUCAAGUCUUCAAGAGAAGAUCAAAGAGUUGAAGGCUGAAAAGAAUGAGCUUCGGGAUGAGAAGCAGAGGCUGAAGGCAGAGAAGGAGAAGUUGGAGCAGCAGUUGAAAGCUGUGAAUGCACAACCUAGCUUCUUGUCUCCGCCACCUGCAAUUCCUGCUACAUUUGCUACCCAAGGCCAAGCACCUGGAAACAAGUUAGUGCCUUUCAUUAGUUAUCCUGGAGUUGCCAUGUGGCAGUUUAUGCCACCUGCUGCAGUGGAUACCUCUCAGGAUCAUGUGCUCCGUCCACCUGUUGCUUAAGCUAGCAACCUGUUGCGCCUCCCACUCCUAAAAGGAAGAGAAAAAAAAAAAAAAAAAAGAAACCCACAUUUGUCAUUGUUGUCUGUAUUACAUUUUGUUGCUUAUUCUAACUGGACAUGGUGGGUGUCUUACAUGAUUUGCGGUCUGGAUUGUCUAUGAAAUGUUGCUGUUGCUCACAUGUAAAUUUAAUAAUUUUAUUUAACAAUUUAUGUUUCAA